CUUUGAGACAUAUAAAAAAUAAAAAUGGUUGGUCAGGUCUAGCCAUCUUCAGCAUUCAGUGGCUCUCGCCGGUAUUUGUUGUGUGGAGUAAUCACUUCAAGCCACCAUGACGGAGGUGCCAAAUGAGUUCCGUCUUCACAAUGCCCCCACAGACGCUAUUUCAUCACUCCAGUUUGGUCCCAACUCGAACCAGUUUCUUUUGGUGUCUUCAUGGGAUAGAACAGUGCGCUUGUAUGAUGUCAGUAGCAACACGAUGCGUUUGAAAUACAGCCACAAGGGUCCAGUGUUGGACUGUUCAUUCCAGGAUGCUGUGCAUGCUUGGAGUGGAGGUGGUGACAAUGAGGUCAAGUCCUUCGACUUCAACUGUAGUGCAGAGACUGUCGUUGGAAAGCACAGUGAUCCGGUGCGCUGUAUUGAAUACUGUCCAGAUGUCAAUGUGAUCAUCUCAGGCAGCUGGGAUUCAACUGUAAAAUUGUGGGAUCCAAGAGCAUCAACAUGUGCUGGCACAUGUGUGCAACCUGACAAGGUCUACACCAUGGCUGUGUGUGGUGACAAGCUAGUUGUGGGCACAGCUCAGCGCAGGGUACUUGUAUGGGACUUGCGAAACAUGGGCUAUGUCAAACAGCGGCGAGAGUCCAACCUCAAGUACCAGACACGCUGUAUUCGCUGCUUCCCCAAUCAGCAGGGAUUUGUGCUCAGUUCCAUCGAAGGACGUGUGGCUGUUGAAUACCUGGACCCAAGUCCUGAGGUUCAAAAGAAGAAAUAUGCAUUCAAGUGUCACCGCACCAAAGAUAACAAUGGCAUCGAGCUUAUCUAUCCAGUGAAUGCCAUCGCCUUCCACAAUCUGUUCAACACAUUUGCAACAGGUGGAAGUGACGGACAUGUCAACAUCUGGGAUGGGUUCAACAAGAAACGCCUGUGCCAGUUCCACAAGUAUCCAUCAAGUAUUGCUGCCCUGGCCUUUAGCCAUGACGGCUCAUUGUUGGCAAUCGGUUCCUCAUACCUCUAUGAGCAGGGCUUCUUGGAUAACACACCUCCGGAUGCUAUUUUUGUUCGUCGAGUUACCGAUCAGGAGACAAAACCGAAGUGACAUCAUUGUGAUUGACUUUCUUGUGUGUGUGUGACUGAAAUAAAUGUGCAUGUUUUAAAACACGUACAUUUCAUGCACAUAACAAG